AGGCUGUCCAGGAUAUCAACGCAGAAACAGUACAGAAUAAAACUCGUACGCUGUUUACGUUACUUUAGUAAAAUGGCGGAAAAGAAGGAAGGAGACAAUUCGCAACAACACCAGGAGGACGUUCCUAAAAAGGAGGAUUCAAGAGACUGCAAAACGAAGGCAGAUGAUUGCAAAUCCAAGGAGUUAAAGCACGAACACAAAGACAAUGCAGCAGAGGCCGUUUGUGAGGUGGAAACAAGCAACAGCAAUGUCGGAACUGAGCCAAGCCUAGACAAUGGGAAGACUUCCACUCUGCUCACUUCCACAGAGAAGCAUAUUUCCAUUCAUACUCAAUUUGAAGGCCUGGAGAAGCUGGUAGACCUAAAUGGAGCUGGUAGAAAAGCAUGCCCACUGUGCCCUGAAGAGAAAUUUAAAGCCUGCUACAGUCACAAACUGCGCCGACAUUUACAGAAUCUGCACUGGAAAGUUUAUGCAGAGUUUGAAGGACACCGAAUGUGUAUCUGCCAUCUUCCUUGCCGACAGCUCAAGCCAGGCCUCAGCGGAGAUCAGCUGUCAAGUCGCCUGGUAGCUCAUUACCACUGUGUCGUGUGCUCAGUUACCAUCGCCCGCAAGACCGACAUGAUUAGCCACCUCAAACGCCACGUCAACAAAGGGGAGACUGAAGCGAGUUACACAGGAGCCACAGAUGUCCCUUUUGAAAUUGAAGCUCCGGCUGGGCAGGCCUAUGAAGUAAUGAAGGAGCUGGGCACUAAUGUCCAGCUCCUUCCCAACCACAACACUCCACAGAAGAGUGACACCUACUUUAACCGCAAAAUGAAAAUUAAUAGGCAGCUGGUGUUCUGCUCGUUGGCGGUGCUCGGAGAAGAGCGCAGCCCACUGGAGUGCCUGGAUGCUUUUGGAGCCACAGGAAUCAUGGGAUUGCAGUGGGCGAAGCACCUGCGCCGCGCCGUGAAGGUCACCAUCAACGACAUCAACGAGGCCUGCGUGAAGAUGAUCAGGGAGAACUGCCAUCUCAACCACAUGAGGGUGGAGGGAAGCCGCGGCUCGAGGCACACCGACGCAGAGGGGCAGGAGCCAGAGGAAGAUCCCAUCGCCACCGUUGAGGUCACCAAAAUGGAUGCCAGUGUCAUCAUGCAUCUGCGCCCCUUCGAUUACAUCCACCUGGAUCCCUUCGGUACAGCCGUGAAUUACUUGGAUGCGGCCUUCAGGAAUGUUCGCAACCUGGGGAUCGUGUCGGUGACGUCCACCGACACUGGCUCUCUCUACUCCAAGUCUCUGAAUGUGACGCUGAGGCACUACGGCUGUCAGAUUGUCCGGACGGAGUACUACAAGGAGCUGGCGGCGAGAAUGGUGAUGGGCACUGUGGCAAGGGCAGCGGCCCGCUGCAAUAAGGGCAUCGAGGUGCUGCUGGCUGUGGCACUGGAGCACUUUGUCCUGGUGGUGGUGCGGGUGCUGAGAGGCCCCUCCCAGGCCGACGAAUCGGUCAAGAAAAUCCGCCAGCUCAUCCACUGCCAGUGGUGUGAGGAGAGGGUUUUCCUGAAGGCAGGCAGCAUGGUGGAGGAAAACCUCUACAGACAGCUGCCAUGCAAUUGCCAUGAGAGUAUGCCAGGCAAGACAGCUGUGGAGCUGGGGCCACUCUGGGCUGGAUCUCUGUUCAACACUGGGUUUCUGAGACGGAUGCUGUAUGAAGCCAGUCAGCAUGGCAUGGACGACAUCCUGCCGCUCGUGAAGACGCUGAUCUGCGAGUCGGAAUGCACGACGCUCAAACAGUUCUCUGUGCAUAGCCCUACAUCGCACGUCAGCCAAGAAGAAUGUGGCGUAGUGAUUAAAACCUCUCAGAGAGUGGAAGACGCGUCCAGCAGUAAGCAGUCCGUCGCACAAGGCAAGAGGAAAAGCAGUGAAGAAGCAGGAAAUGUGCUGAAGAGGCAGAAAUCCGAGGCGCCAUUAGAACACCCUCCUUUCUACUACAGCAUCCACCGCCACAGCAUUAGAGGCAUGAACAUGCCCAAGUUAAAUAAGUUCCUACAGUAUCUCACAGAAGCGGGAUUCAGGGUCAGCCGGACCCAUUUUGACCCGACAGGAGUCCGCACAGAUGCCACCCUUGCCCAGUUUAAGUCCGUCCUCAGCAAGUACAGUGUGCCCACCUACACCACGACACAGACAGGCAGCCACGCUGUCGGCGCCGACGAAGUCAGUCGCAAGACGGAGUGAAGGACUGCCCGAAAUGAUUAGGUUCUCCCUACACUGAAACAGUUUGCGAGGCAAUUAGCGAGACUUACAUACAUGUAAUGACCACAUGAAACAAAGAUCAGUAUGCACAUAUAGGCAGACAACAAGGCUGUGCUGCACACAGUUAAAGCAGUAUACCUAGAAAAACAGGAUUUCUAUUUUUACAUCAGGAGUAUUUAGUCAGCAUCUGGGGUUCUCAUGGGUCAAUUUUGAGACUGUUCAAGAGGGCCCCCCUGCACCUACAAACAUAGCAAUACAAAGUCAAUAUCAUUACAGGGGAUAAGAUGAACUGCGGUUCGCUUAUUAACGUUUUGUAAUGGAAUAGUAAGUUGAUCUUGAGGAUCCGUCAAAGGGAUUGCUUUAAAAUUAAAAGAAAGUUGAAAGCCCAUAUUUUAAGCGAUGCGUGUCAUCUGUGUUUUUAUUUUUGUUACUUUAUAUGUAUCCCUCCACACUCUGCAUUCUGUAUUUUGCUCCAUUCUGACUAAAACUGCCAGGGAAAAAAAAAGGACUAAUAAUGUGGAUAUGUACAGUGUUUUAUUGUACACGCUGUGGGCAAAAAGCAGUGGUGUUUCUACUGUAGGUGUGUAGCAAAACAGUAAUUAGAGAUGGAACAGUCAUACAAGAAAUACAGAUGAUUAAAUGUUUGCAUUUCAAUUGGAGGCAGUGUUUGGUUUGUCAAGCUAAUCACAGACAUGCUGUGUGACCACAGUUCCACAAUUUCAUUUCAGCUGUAUAUUUGUUUUUAGUGGGGGGGUUUAAUCUGAGAUUGUAACCUAGAAAUGUCUGUAAAGAAACGUGCAGCGCUAAGAUGUAUAUAAUGCUCAUAAAAUCAUCUUGUAUGUUUUUGUUUAGAUAAUGAAAUCGUUGAAUAUCUGUGUGUGCAUAAUUUGAAAGUAUUAAAACUAAGGGGAUUUGGGAAAUGCCUCCUAAUAAAAACAAAAUCUGA